CAAGCUUGAACCACAAACCCAACCCCCCCCCAACACUACCCAUCUCCCCACCAUGCCCCCAAGUCCCAGUCCAACUCCCACAAUCGUCCUCAUAACCGGCACCAACCGGGGCAUCGGCAACGGGAUUCUUCAGCUCUACCUACAGAAACCCAAGCACACCAUCAUCGCGGCAGUGCGGGACCCCAACGACCCGACAUCGCAAGCCCUCGUCGACCUCCCCAGAGCCUCAGACACCAGGUUACUGACGAUCAAAAUCGACGCGACAUCCCCCACCGACGCCGGCGCCGCAGUCGACGAGCUAUGCACCAAGGGAAUCCACCACGUCGACAUCGUGAUCGCCAACGCGGGGAUCGCUCUGCUCUGGCCCACGCUGGCCGAUGUGAAAGUCGAGGAUAUCCAGCGCCACGUCGAGGUCAAUGUGUAUGGGUUCGUUCGGCUGUAUCAGGCGUUUAGACCGCUUCUUGAGCAGGCAGGGGAUCCGAAGUGGGUUACUAUUGGGUCCGGGGCGGGUUUUUUGACGGUGAAUAUCCCCGGAGUUGGGUGAUGGGGAUGGAUAGGUGGUUUAUUUAACUGACUGGAUUUUAUUUGUGGUAUAAUUGAUCUUAACCCUACCCGGACCCAGGAACUUCAUCCCCAUGCGAAACUCCGCGUACGCACCUACCAAGCUCG